UAUCCACGAGAAGUCGUCUCCACAGGCCCGAACUAGCGCAGUCAGAGCUCGUUCCCUGCCCGUAGCUGCACAUCGGCACUGCCAGAGCUAGCUGAUCGACCAGGCCCCGUCUCUCCUCCAGCGUUCAUGGUCCGGGUCAUCAAUUUGUAACGAUGGCGUCUAUAAGGAAACACUACCGCGAGCCAGCCCCACUGCAUUACCCCUUCGCAGCACCCGUGGGUAUGAAGGUCUACUGCUGGGUUGGGUCUCCAGAUCCGAAACAGAAACAGCUCAAGGUCGACGUGUUUGACCCGAUUCGGGAGUCGUGGAAACAGCUGGAUUCACGCGGCGACUGCCCCGUGAAUGGGAACGGUACCUGCGCGGUUGCCGUCGGGAACGACAUGUACAUCUUCGCGGGGUCCGAUUCAGACGGUCUUCACAAACUGGACACGGUCACGAUGCGGUGGACGUACAUCAAUCCCCGAGGGGUCGUGCGGCCGACCCCCCGUGGCGGGGGGAGGUUGAUAGGAAUUCAGGGGAACCGACUGGUCCUGUUUGCCGGGUACGUCCAUAAGGUAGUGAAGAAAAACAAGAACCCGUUGAAGAAAAACACGACGACCGGCGGAAUCUGCGACCAGUUUCACAUCUUCCACAUUGACAAAGGGGAGUGGACAGCUCCUGCCUGCUACGGGGACAUCCCCUCCGCUCGCUCCAACUUUGUCAUGGUUCCCGUGGACGUGAAGAGAGCGGUCGUGUUUGGAGGCAACGCCAGGGGUAACGGACGAGCAGACGACCUGUUCAUCAUCCACUGGGACAGCCUGUUGUGGACGAGGAUCCCCAAGACUGGUUCAUGGCCCAAAGGUCGCAAAGCGCACGGGGCCUGCUGCAUCAACUAUGACAAACCCAACCCCCUCCUCCUGAUGGUUGGCGGAAUGGACAGGGAAGAGGCCCGCAUGAGAGACAUGUGGUUACUGAAUGUCAACCAAUGUCGCUGGACUCAGCUGCCGGACCUGCCACACCCCCCUCGGAAUGGUCACAUGAUGAUAGCGUUUCCUCUCUCUGACAAACUUGUGGAGGUCACCUUAUUUGGUGGGGAGAGUGCACAUGGGAAAAAGCUGUCACACACUUGUAUCCUUCGCUUCGAGUGUGAGACAGAAGAGGACACGUGGGCCUUGGUGAACAUCAUCGAGCCAGCGGACGUGGGUCGACCGAUUGAGAGAGUCCAGGAGAAGAUGGAGAGCCUGGGGCUUCUCCCGAGCAGUUCGCAGUCGGCGAGCAGUUCGCAGUCGCCGACCAGCAAUGAGCUGAAGGGCCAGCCUCUGCCAGGCGGGGAGCUGUCUGCGCAGCACAGCAACGGAGAGCCUCAGAAAUGUAUCCUAUUUUUGUCUUUCGGAUUAAGAAAUUAAGCUUUGUCGUCGUAAUUGAUUUUCACUCUGAAGCGUGAACAAGGCUAGGGAAUUUCUUAUGAAUUCUAAUUGGUGUUUUUGUGUUGUGUCAACUUUCAAACGUAAUUUUUUGCUCUCUUCCUAUGUAAACAUAAUGCAGUGGUUCGCCAGGAAACGUCUUUGAAUGGAGAGGGGGGUUUGGGCCAUCUCUCCGCUCGCUCGAAACGGAGUUACAUCAUCGAUCUCGAGGAACUAGAAUUCGGGAGGCAGCUCGGCGAGGGAGCGUACGGCACUGUCUACGCGGGGAAAUGGAAACCGAAAUCAAACGUCGAAGUUGCGAUCAAGAAAUGCUUCAACAAACCGUUUGACGCCGAGAUUCUGAGCGUUCUUCCACGCCACCCAAAUGUCGUUUUCUUCUACGCUACGUCGACUUCCGAAGACGCCACUUUCAUAGUGACGGAGCUUGUCACCGAAGGUUCUCUGUACGACUUCAUCCACACUGACAACAAAGAUUUCGACGAUCUCCAGGCGAUCUCCUGGGCCAAGCAGAUUGGCUACGGCAUGGAACAUCUUCACGGUCAUCACAUCGUUCACCGCGACCUCAAAUCGGGCAACGUUCUCAUUUCCUCCGACAUGGAAAUGAAGGUGUGUGAUUUCGGAACGGCUCGCGCGGUGGUUGACACGUGCGAGCAGUCCACGGUACGUGGCACCUAUCGCUGGAUGGCCCCCGAGAUCAUGAAGGAAGACGACGCAAUCAUAGACAAGAACUGCGACGUUUUCUCCUACGGUUGCGUCCUCUACGAACUAUUUGAGCGAAAGCUGCCGUACCACAAGGAAAAGAACAGCGUGUUUUUGGCCAUGAAAGUCUUGGAUGGCCUCAGACCGGAAAUUUCUGGGGAUGCCAGUAUCCCCGAGUUUCUGAAGGACCUAAUGGAGGCAUGUUGGGAGGAAAAUGCCCAGAAGAGGCCUUCGUUCGAAGAUUGCAUCACAGCACUCAGAAUGAAGUCCUUCCACCGAUAACUCCAUAAACCGAACCGGUUGGGCUGAAAAACUUUUUGUAAGAAAGUACGAUAUGGCUGUUGAUAUAUAAAAGUUUCCAGUCUUUGUGUAAACUUGUACAGUUAUGUGUUUUAAACACAAUACUUUUAUAUAUAAUUAGGUAACAGUUUAUUAGUAGAUGGUGUUAUGAUAGAGAUAUAUGCUCAGUUGAAUAAAUGCGAACGAAGCCGUCGCGACAGCUGGUGUAAAUCUUGUCACCACGGAGACAGAUGUUGGUCACAUGAUCAAUAUCAGGUCCAGUCAGUUUGGAGACUGGCGUGAAAAGAUUGUCACACCUCCACACCAGAACUGACCCAUCAGCGUAUCCGGCAAUGCAGCUCUGAGUGUUGAAGACAGACAGGCUGGUGAUGGCGGACGAUGCAUGGUACAGCUGUAGGGCCUGUUCGGGCAUACGAAUGUCCAGUUGCGUGACAAGUCCAUCAUCACAUCCACACACCAGGUCAAACUCGGACACAAAUACGCACGACUG